AUGGUAAGCAAGUCUGGUAUCCCAGUAGUCGAAGAUAAAAUAAAGGCUCUGUCACGGUCUGCUGCGUCGCAGCAGACGCCCGGAACAGGAGCUACUAGGCUCGCUCGCAACCUCGAUCCGGCACAGCAUCCAUUCGAAAGAGCAAGAGAAUACACAAGAGCUCUCAAUGCUACCAAACUAGAGCGCAUGUUUGCCGCUCCUUUUAUUGCCCAGCUUGGAGGGGGCCAUGUUGAUGGUGUAUAUUCUUUGGCGAAAGACCCAAGUUCCUUAGAACGCUUUGCAAGCGGAAGUGGUGACGGCGUGGUAAAAGUAUGGGACUUGACGAGCCGCGAGGAGAUUUGGCAGGCUCAGGCUCAUGAGAACAUUGUCAAAGGAAUGUGCUGGACAUCGGAUAGGAAGCUACUAUCAUGCGCCGCCGAUAAAACCAUCAAGCUAUUUGACCCUUAUAAUUCGGCCUCUGAGAGUCCUCCGUUGGCGACGUACCUGGGGCACGGAGCUUUUACUGCCGUUUCCCAUCACGAAACUCAUCCCUCAUUCGCUGCUUCGUCGUCAGUGAUAUCUAUAUAUGACCUCUCUCGGCCGUCUUCUACGCCAUCUCAAACGCUUCACUGGCCCACAAGUGUUGAUACUAUCACUUCACUCGCAUUUAACCGGACGGAAACUUCUCUCCUAGCAUCGACAGCUACCGACCGAUCUAUAAUAAUGUACGAUCUACGAACAUCCUCUCCUCUUACGAAGGUCGUUCUUACUUUGGCUUCAAAUGCUAUCGCUUGGAAUCCAAUGGAAGCGUUUAAUUUCGCUGUGGCUAACGAGGAUCAUAACGCCUAUAUCUUUGACAUGCGGAAGAUGGACCGUGCUUUGAAUGUUCUUAAGGACCAUGUCGCAGCUGUGAUGGAUGUUGAGUUUAGUCCAACAGGCGAGGAACUUGUCACCGCGUCCUAUGACCGUACGGUUCGACUAUGGAAUCGUUCUCGCGGACAUUCUCGGGAUAUAUACCAUACAAAACGAAUGCAGAGGGUUUUCUCGGCCAAAUUCACUCCGGAUAACAAAUACAUUCUUUCUGGGUCUGAUGAUGGUAAUAUUCGCCUCUGGCGCGCAGAAGCAUCGUCCCGGAGUGGAAUCAAAAGCGCUCGUGAGCGUCAAAAACUCCAAUAUGACGAGGCUCUUAAGCGUAGAUAUGCACAUAUGCCUGAGAUUCGUCGUAUCAAACGUCAUAGACGUCUGCCAAAGGCUGUCAAGAAAGCUGGCGAGAUCAAAAAUGAGGAAAUUAACGCUAUCAAGAGAAGGGAGGAGAAUAUUAGGAAGAACAGCAAAAAAGGUUCGCUACCUGCCCGGCGGAGUGAGAGAGAGAAGAUGGUCCUGGCUACGGAAAAAUGA